CAUCGAGUUUGUUAUUAGCAUGCUUAGCUCCUGGUGCUAGUGAGGUAUCCAGCGGCAGAGACAAGCAAUAUUGAUCUAUUAUUUCUUGCCUUUUUGUAUCGAUUAGAAAACAAUGGUGCAACAUAUGACUGUCGUUUUAACACGUUAUAACCGUGCUGGUUAUUGUGACUGAGCGGACAUUGAAAGAAAACGUUGCAAUUGUUGUUGACUGAGGUAGCAAUGGAGCAAAACAGAUCCUACAAUCCCAACUCCAACUUCCAAAACCGCCGGUCGGCACACAAAAGAGAGAGAGACGACAACGGAAGAAACCACUGUGAGUUGAAACGCUCCAGACCGAACCACCACCAGCAGCAGCAUCAGUCGGAGCAAAACCCGCUCAGCUCUCGUGGUUUGAGCACCAGAAGGGAGCUGUAUGAGAGAGACUUUCCUGUGUACAAACAGCCGGUGGAAGUCGGAUGUUUUUCCCUCGACUCUGAGCGUAAAUUCUUCAAUGACAGCAGACAGAUGAGAUACUACGUGGAGCCGGACAGAAACCCUAACUUUGACCUGAGGGAUGGACACAGGGACCGCUUCAUAAAGAGAGAUGACAGCGUCAAGGAGAAGCUGGACCACAUUCUCCGCUGGAUCUUGGCAAAUAAAUCCAAACUCAGCUCAAGGGGGGCCACGGCCUCAUCACGGGCUUUAGAUGUGGACUUUGUGACCUGGCGUGGUCACCUGACCAAGCUGCUGACCACGCCCUAUGAGACGCGGGAGGGCUGGUUGCUAGCGGUAACCAGGUUCAGGGGCUCGCUGUACAUCAGUGAAGUGGAAACAGAAGCUGCUGUUAGGGACCGAGAGAACCGAACCGAGAGGCACGAAGAGAUGAUGUACUGGGGAUACAAGUUUGAACAAUACGCAUGUGCAGAUAACGUCCACAGUCUCCCCGACCCGGGCGGCGUGGUGAACACCAACGAGGCCUUCUGCACCGUGGUGCAGACUCGCCUCGCCGACCACCGACUGCUGUUCUCCGGAGAGGUGGACUGUCGGGACAAAGACCCCAACGCUCCGGCUCCUCCUGCCUGCUACGUGGAGCUGAAGACCUCCGCAGAGAUCUGCACCCCCAAACAACGCAGCAACUUCCACAGGUUCAAACUGCUGAAGUGGUGGGCUCAGUCUUUCCUCCCUGGAGUCCCCCGUGUGGUGGCGGGGUUUCGGGAUCAUGAAGGAGUGGUCGUCUCUGUCGACACUUUCCCCAUCUCCAAGAUCUCACAUCUCAUCAAGAAUGAACACAACUGCUGGAAGCCAACAGUCUGCAUGAACUUCUGCUGUGACUUCCUGUCUUUUGUGAAGCGCAUCGCUACUGAAGACAAUCCAAGUGUGGUGUACCUGUUCUGCUGGGAGCCCCACCGAGACGUGACCUUCUCCCUCCACAGGGACUCCCAGUACUCCUUCCUGCCCCACUGGUACGUGGAGGAGAUGACCAGGAAAGAGUCCUGAUCCACCAACAGGAUCCACUGGGACGUUAGCUCAGACCUCCAAUGGAGGAUUAUUUACCAAAAUACAUUGGACGUUGAUGUGAAGGAAGUUUUACAGUCAGUUUGUGUCACUGACCACAUCAUCCUCUUGUAUUUACAUUUUUUAUUUGUUUGGCAAUACAAACUGAACCAUGUUCUUCUUUUUUUAUCUUGCAUGAGUUGGUUUUAAGUAAAACAGUAAUGCACUGAUGUUUCUUAGACUUUAUUAUUGUUUUAUAAUAAGUUAAAGCCACCAAACAGUUGUACAUUAAUUCAAACAAUUAGAAUUAGAAAACAAUGUUUGUUAAAAAAAAAAUCAAAAAUCAAAGAUGACUUCAAGUAAGUAUUAUUGCAUCUGGAGUUAGAAAUGUUUUUCAUUCAUGUAAACUGUAUAAAACAAGCUUCCAUUUGGGAAAAAAACUGAACUGAAAAUUAUUAUGCAUGAUGUAGUCCAGUUACCUUUGAGUCACUGCUGUUGUUUUAUAAUAAAUAGUGACACAUUCACCAGAAUUGGGCUCCUUCUUAACUAUUUUCCUUGUUCAGCACUUUUUAUUUUUUCACACUUU